AUAGCUUUGGUAUCCAGUUUUCUUCUGGCUUCUCUCAGAAAAGCUAACAUUUUGUACUCAAAAGCUUCAAUCUUUUUGCCAUGGCGGCCAACAAUCUUGUUGUUUUCUUCAUUCUUGCAAUGGCCUGUUUCGGGUUACUGAGAUUUUGCGAGUCCAAGCUUCCCCAAGAUGAAGUUGACGCUCUUGCUCAAAUAACUAGUACAAUGGGUUCAACAUUUUGGGAGUUUAAUGCCACCACUUGCGACAUUAUAGCGGUUGGACUAACAAGAGAGCCACCCCAGGGAUCUGAGGGUAACAUUGGUUGUGAUUGCACCUUCGAGAACAAUACCGUCUGUCAUGUUUUAAGCAUAGUACUCAAGGGUUAUAGUCUACCUGGCAAGCUUCCACCUCAAUUGAGUAAACUUCCUUACCUCAAAGAAAUCGAUUUUGGUUUUAACUACCUGAAUGGUACGAUACCACGUGAAUGGGGUUUGACGAAAUUGACUAACAUCUCUAUCCUUGUUAACCGCUUAUCCGGAGAAAUUCCAAAGGAGUUGAGCAAUAUUACUACCCUCACAUACGUAUGUCUGGAUGCAAACCAAUUCUCUGGAACUAUUCCUCCUGAGCUAGGGAGAUUGCCCAACCUGCAAAGUUUGUUGCUAUCCUCGAAUCAGUUCACUGGAAACUUGCCAACGACAUUUGCUGAUCUAGAAAAUCUGACAGAUUUGAGGAUGAGUGAUAAUAACUUCAGCGGAAGCAUACCUGAUUUUGUACAGAAUUGGAAACAACUGCAAAGAUUAAACAUGGAAGCAAGUGGACUUGAGGGACCCCUCCCGUUAAAUAUAUCUCAGUUGACCAAGUUGGAAGAUUUGCGGAUUAGCGAUAUGCGUUCUCCAGGGCAGAACUUUCCGAUGAUAAGAAGCAUGGGAAGCUUGACAAGAUUGGUCUUGAGGAACUGCAACAUUUCUGGAGAGAUCCCAUCAUACUUCUGGACAAUGAAGAAUCAGGAUACAGUGGAUUUCAGUUAUAACAAGUUAGUUGGUGAAAUUCCUGAGACAUCAGACUUGGAGCGUAUGCAAUUCCUCUUUUUGACCGGCAAUAUGCUAAGUGGAAACAUUCCUGAUUCACUCUUGAGGGAUGGAACCAGUAUCGACCUUUCAUACAAUAACUUCACAUGGCAGGGACCUGAGCAACGUACUUGUCAGGGUAGCAUGAAUCUAAACCUCAAUUUGUAUCAUAGCUCUUCGACAGAAGAUAACUUAAGAGCUCUUCCAUGCUUGAAGGAUCUUGAAUGCCCACGAUAUUCAACUUGUUGGCAUGUUAAUAGUGGCGGAGUGGCUUCUUCCAUCAAGGAAAACAACAAAGAAGUUGUCUAUGAAGGAGAUGGAGAAGUUGAAGGUGGCACCGCAAAAUAUUUUCUAAAUCAAGGGAGUUAUUGGGGAUUCAGUAGUACUGGAGACUUCAUGGAUGAUAAUGAUUACCAAAAUACACGCUAUGUUGCUACUCUAACGUCAUCGAAUCUCUCUGAUUUAUAUAGAACGGCGCGGAUAUCUCCAAUUUCACUCACUUAUUUUCACCGUUGCUUAGAAAAUGGAAAUUAUUCAGUGAACCUCCACUUUGCAGAGAUACAGUUUACAAAUGAUCAAACAUAUAAGAGUCUUGGGAGGCGCUUUUUUGAUAUCUAUCUUCAGGAAAGAUUAGUGCGCGAGGAUUUUAACAUUGAAGAUGAGGCCGGAAUGGCACAAAAGGCACUAGUACUAAAAUUGCAUAACGUCACUGUGACAAAUAAUGCAUUGGAGAUCAGAUUAUUAUUUACCGGCAAAGGUACAACGAGGAUUCCUACAAGAGGAGUGUAUGGGCCUCUUAUAUCAGCCGUUUCUGUGAUUUCCGAGUCCAAGAAAUGCUCAAAUGGUGGAAAGAAGGAAACAAGUCAUAUAAUCAUCGGCGUUGUAGUAGGAUCACUCUGCCCGUUCUUUCUCAUCCUAGGAAUUCUUUGCUGGAAAGGCUGCUUCAAAGGAAUAAACACGAGAAAACAAGAUUUUAAAGGGCUAGAAAUGCAGACAGGAACUUUUACCUUAAAACAAAUAAAAGCUGCCACUGAUGACUUUGACUAUGACAAUAAGAUUGGAGAGGGUGGUUUUGGGCCUGUGUACAAGGGUCAACUACCUGAUGGGACGGCUAUUGCAGUUAAGCAGCUCUCAUCUCAAUCAAGGCAGGGAAACCGUGAAUUCUUGAACGAGAUAGGCAUGAUCUCUUGUGUGCAGCAUCCUAAUCUUGUGAAACUUCAUGGAUGUUGCAUUGAAGCAGAUCAGUUGAUGCUAGUUUAUGAGUACAUGGAAAAUAAUAGCCUUGCACGUGCUUUAUUUGGUCGAGGAAAUCAGCUUCGAUUGGAUUGGCCAACAAGGCACAAGAUUUGUAUCGGAAUAGCAAGAGGUCUAGCUUUUCUUCAUGAAGAAUCCAGACUAAAAAUUGUUCACAGAGACAUAAAAGCUACUAACGUGCUGCUGGAUGCUGACUUAAAUCCUAAAAUAUCUGAUUUCGGGUUGGCGAGGCUUGAUGAAGAGGAGAAGACUCACAUCAGCACCCGAAUUGCUGGGACCAUAGGAUAUAUGGCGCCGGAAUAUGCGCUAUGGGGUCACCUCACCUACAAAGCAGAUGUUUACAGUUUUGGAGUUGUGACCUUGGAGAUUGUCAGUGGCAAGAACAAUAACAACUAUAUGCCGAGCGAUGAUUACGUUUGUCUUCUAGACUGGGCCUGCCAUUUACAACAAUCUGGAAACUUUAUGGAACUGGUUGACGAGAACUUAGGCACUGAGGUAGACAAAAAACAAGCAGAAAUCAUGAUUAAAGUCGCACUUCUCUGCACAAGCUUGUCCGCUUCUCUUCGGCCAACAAUGUCCGAAGUGGUAAGCAUGCUCGAAGAAAGAACGGCUGUUCCAGAGGUGAUCCCGGAACAAAAUAUCGGCAGUGCUGGAGAUUUGAGAUUCAAGGCCAUGAAAGACCUCCACAAGCAGAGGAAAGAUCAGAGUUUUAGUGGAAGCCAGACCCGGAAUUCGACUGCCGCUCAUACAUUCUCCUCUUCCUUUCCUGGUUUGUAUGAAAUAAACACACAGUCCACGUCUUCUUCACCACCCUGAGAGCUGUCCUUAUUGUCACCCCGGGUUACUUAAUUCUGUACUAUAAUUAUUUAUUAUUAUUAUUAUUAUUAUUAUUUUCCCACUUUUGUUGUUGUAGUAGGAGAGUAGAAUGUGACUUGUAAGAAGAGUUUUUGUUUGCCUUUGCCUUAUAUUUCAGAUCAAUUAUUUGUACAUACUUCUUGAACAUAAUUAGUACGAUGAAAGUAGGGGCUCGAGUACUUAUUCAAAAAAUAU